AUGAGAGAUAUAUUUGAAACUCAGGUGCAUCUAGAACUAUCUGAGGAGUUCAUGGGCCUGGAAGCGCUUCUGCAACAGAGAUUUCCAGUGUUUCUACAUCCUGAGAACAAUAUGCCGGCUCUCCAAGACUUGAAACAGGCUGUCAAAGAAGAACAGAAGUCACCCGAAGGCUUUGUUCCUCUAAUAUCCCAAGAUCAGAUUCGGCGCAUGUUUGAGACCACCUAUGACGAGAUUACGGCGGUCUAUCCAAUGUUCGAUCUUCCGACGCUCAACAGGCUCAACGCCGAACAGCACGCGGUCAGCAGCGCUCAUCCGGCGGGCAAUCCAGCCCGAUGGGCAAUCAUAAACACUUGGAUUGCCAUGGGGUGCGUUUCAAGACAGAGCCUGGGUCGGAAGACGAACUGGAUUGCGUUAUUAAGGCCUACUACCGCAACGCGGUCUUGGUACUUCCAGACCUUAUUCUGCAGCCUACAAACAAGGAGACAAUUCAGGCGCUGUUGUCCAUAG